AUGUUGAAACUAGGCCUCGCACUGUGCGCGUUGGCUGCCGUCUGCAGCGCAGCGCCCUCCCCGAGGGGUCCGUGGUUCGGACCCCGCCCAGGGCCCCGCAUAGUGGGUGGGGAGCCCGUGGACAUCUCGCAGUACCCGUGGCAGAUCUCGCUGCAGGUGUUGGGAUUCCACGGCUGUGGCGGCUCCAUCAUCAGCCCCACUUGGGUGCUGACUGCGGCGCACUGCGUCGACUCCCUCCCGACUGUUCUGUUCUCCGUGAGAGCCGGCACUUCCAUACGCGAAAGCGGCGGCACGGUGUACGACGCAGCGGGUUAUGUUGAACACGACGGAUUCUCUUUCGCUACCGCUGACUUUGACAUCGCUGUCGUCGAGAUAUCCGGCUCCUUCUCCUUCGACAGUAAUGUACAGGCGGUCAGUCUUGGCACUUCAGAACCAGCUGCAGGCACAGCAGUGACCAUCACUGGCUGGGGAGACCUGUCCGAAGGGGGAACGUCGCCGCGCCAGCUGCAGGCCGUCACCACGAACGUCGUCUCGCGUGACUCGUGCAACGUCAGCUACGGUGGGCAAAUCACGGAGAGGAUGAUCUGCGCCGGAGACCCGCAAGGUGGCAAGGACGCGUGCCAGGGAGACAGCGGCGGUCCCCUGGUCGUGGACUCCACCCAGUACGGCGUCGUGUCAUGGGGCAAUGGCUGCGCGAACGCCAGCUAUCCUGGUGUCUACAGCAACGUCGCCGCUCUGCGGUCUUGGAUUACAGAAAACUCCGGUGUCUGA